UCAGAAACAUUCACCUUAUGUAAAUGAAUCAUGUAUGAGAGUGAAUAGAUUAUUUCUACAGCGGCACUGAAAGCUGAAAAUGCUUCAUCCACACUGACGGAUGUUCAUAUAAAGUCAAAGACUAGUGUCUUAUCAGUCUGCAAAACAUAAAAAAAAAAAAAAAAAAAAAAAAAAAAAAACAUUUUAUAAUUCAAAUUAAAAAUAUUUUACAAUAAUUAAUAUUUACAAUUAUUACAAACAACAUCAAUCUGUAAAAUCUUAGGUUGCACUUUAUUUCGAUGGUCCACUUUUGAUAUUCUACUAACUAUAAGUAACUUGUCAACUACAUGUCAACUAACUCUCAUUAGUGUAUUAGUAGACUGUAGUAGACUGUUAGGUUUGGGUUCAGUUAAGUAGAAUAAGUUGACAUGUAGUUGUAAAGUUACUUUCAGUCAGUAGAAUGUCUAAAGUAGACCACUGAAAUACCAAAUCUUAUAUGUAGAGAGUUUGUUAGUUUGUUAGCAGCACACACUGUCGUAAAUCCUGCCCACUUCUUUGCAUUGUCACACAUGCUUCAGUGCUCUGAGAGUGUUUAUAGUGCUGUGAGUUUAACACUUCAUGACUGAGAGCAGAACAGAACACAAUCUUCAUCAUCACACAAGACAAAAGAACAACAAUGAACAAAAUCACCUUCUUCAUCUGGACUCUCACACUGUUUAUUCAAGAAUCCAGAGGAGUGACUCUGACUCAACCUGAAGUUAAAACUGUCCAACAGGGUCAAACAGCUACAAUAGAGUGUCAUAUAGAUGUAGGAAUAUACAGUGAUCGUUUAGCCUGGUAUCAGCAGAAACCUGGAGAAGCUCCUAAACUCCUGAUUUAUUAUAUAAACACCCUCCAGUCAGGAACUCCAUCUAGAUUCAGUGGCAGUGGAACAGCAAAUACUGGACGAGAUUUCACUCUGACCAUCAGUGGAGUCCAGACUGAAGAUACAGGAGAUUAUUACUGUCAGAGUGAACACAGCAUCAACAGUAACUGGGUGUUCACACAGUGAUAAAGAGUGGUACAAAAACCUCGGUCAGUCAGACGUCACAGUGAUGCACUGAUACAGCUGAGAGAUACUGCAGCUGCUGAUGGAGGAUCACAAACAAUGGUGUAUUCAACCUUUCAGAAACUUCAUUUAUUUAUUAUGAUGUACUAAGUAAACAUGUGACAUUCUAAUUUUACUCACACUAAUUUUGUACUUAAUAUACUGAAAAUUCUUUUUUAGUACUUCUUAAGAUAAUCUUAAGAACAUCUAAGUGUACUCAACUGUUAUUUUGAGACACCAUGAAUUUGAACUAAAAUGUGCUUUUAACAUACUAUCUCUGUAUUCAAAACAUGUAUUUAGUUACCGCUUGUAGUACAUGUGAACCUAUAUAUAUAUAUAUAUAUAUAUAUAUAUAUAUAUACCAAAAGCUCCACUACCAAGUAAAAUUCCUAGUGUGUGCAAUAACACUUGGCAAUAAAGCUGAUUCUGACUGUAAACAAACUCUCAGCUAACAGGGAACGUUUUGGCAAGAUUCUCUCAUAGUUAUGAACAAACAUCUUCCAGUAACGUUAAUAGAAUAUUCGUUUAAAGUAAUCUGGUCUUUAAUAACUUUAUUUAUAUAUGGUGUUUUUUUUUUUCUGAAUCAGUUUUGUUUGAUUUUUAAAGGUUGCUACUUGUUUCAGAACAUCAAAAGAACAUUUAAAAGUGACGUUCCCAUAAUGUCUGAAGAAUGAUAAAAUGAAAUGUUCUCUUAACAUUUUUAAAACAUUUAAAAAACUGGACGUUUUUAACCAGAUUAUUUAGAAAUAAUGUUUUCAUAACUUAAUGGGAACAUUAGCAAAACAUUCUUUUUAACAUUUUAACAUCUUUUUAACAAUUAUUCAGUAAGCUGGAAUUGUCAAGUGCUUACUUGCAGAUGCCAGUGGCACAGGAGUCGAGGAAAUUACUCAUCAUAUCCACUCAAAAAGGGUUAUUUUGCUAUAACCGUUGACCCUUUGGGAUUGCCCCGGCCCCUGCAUUAUUUCAGCAAUGGAUCAAGUUUUCUUGGGGAUUCCAAACACUCACUGCUAUCUAGAUGAAAUACUGGUAACAGGACGAGAUGAUGAGGAACACCUCAAGACACUAGACCAAGUACUCACUAGACUGGAGAAAUAUAGUCUGAAAUUGCAGCGUGAAAAAUGUGAAUUUUUCAGACAGUCACUGGAGUAUCUGGGUCACUGCAUCGACGCAGCUGGAAUACACAAAUCACCGGAAAAGAUCAAAGCAAUUAAGGAAGCACCUGCACCAACCAGUACGGAAGACGGUUUACCCUCCUUACAGGUCAUCAACCUCUAACUGCUAUUCUUAGUCCCAACAAGAGCAUUCCACCUAUGGCAGCAGCCAGAAUGCAACGAUGGGCUUUGCUAUUAUCUGCCCAUGAUUAUAUCCUUGAGUAUAAGAAAGCAGCUUUACAUGCCAAUGCAGACGGACUGUCAUGGCUGUGAAUACCAGUGACACACACUGAGAAAAUGGACACGGUGGAUGUGUUCUAUGCUGCCCAUGUAGCCACCCUGCCUGUCAGAAGUGCUGAAAUUAGGUGUGACACCCUAACGGACCCCACUUUGUCACCUGUGCUGGACAUGGUUUCAACUGGACAGUUCCCAAAAUCUAAAGAAGUACCCACAGACUUGCAACCUUUUGUGACGCGUCGCCACGAGCUCACAGUCAUUCAAGGAUGUUUAAUGUGGGUUUAAUGUUAGUCGUGUCGUUGUACCUAAAAAAACUACCGAGUGUUAACUGAUCUGCAUAUGAGCCAUCCUGGGGUGGUAAGGGUGAAAUAUCUGGCCCGUAGCUACGUUUGGUGGCCAGGUAUUGAUGGACAGAUUGAGUCUCAGUCCAAAUCAUGCCAGUCUUGUCAGCGUAUCCAAAGUGCCCCCUGUUCUGCACCACUUUACCCAUGGAUUUGGCCAGCUCAUCCUUGGGAAAGGAUAAAUAUGGAUUUUGCUGGUCCCUUUGAAGGCCAUAUGUACUUGAUUGUAGUUGAUGCGCACUCCAAAUAGCCUGAAGUUUCCAUUAUGGACAGUACUACCACAAGCAAAACCAUUCAGGUCUUACGAGGGCAUUUCAGUCAUUAUGAUGUCCCUAAUAUCAUUGUCAGAGACAACACCCCACAGUUAUUUGCUGAGGAGUUUUUAAUUUUCCUGAAGGCAAAUGGGGUGCAACAUAUCCGUUCUGCGACCUAUCACCCCUCUAGUAAUGGACAAGCUGAGCGUUUGUCCAAAUCCAACAGAGACUUGAUGGAUUUCUGUUAACAUACAGAAACACUCCACAUGCUACUACAAAAGAGCCACCUGCAAUGAUAUUUCUCAAUCGCAAGCUAAGAACACAGCUGGAUCUUCUAAAACCUAGUCUCGCCAAAAUCGUGAGACAGUCCCAGGAUGCUCAGCAGUUACGACGCCAAGAACACUCUUGUUGAGAGAAUUCAUGGAUCCUGGUUCGUUCUACAGAAACAGAGAAAAAUGGAUACCUGGAGUGGUCGUCAACAUGGGUGCGGCUGGAACCUGGAAACGUCAUGUAGAUCAACUACUGAAACAAGGGACUCAAUCCUCUAAAACCCAGGUGGAACCAGAAGUUCCUGCUUAUUCUGAUAGUUCACAGGCACAUCUGCUUCAGGAGAACGCCGGGGAAAAGACUGACAAUCUUAUGGAUGUGAUAACUGACAAAUCAGGGACUGGCAACACUGACAAAUCACCUUCGGGGACUGUACAAACGAGAGAGGCUAUUAAGCAUCAUCCUAACUGUCUUACUUGGACACCUGACCGUUAUCAAGCAUCCUAAUGUGUAUGUAUGUUAAAGGAAGAGAUUCAUAUGGAGUAGUUUGAGUAAGACGUGCUUGCUAAACUGUGGUUAAAGUUGAAUUUAAGAAAAGAAAUACCCCCUUGUUGUGUAUGAUCACUUUUGAUUUAAGUUGGGAGGAAAUGUUAUGUAUUUAGUGUUAGAAACUGGGUUAUCCUGCAAUUGUUGUCUUAUGCUGUAGAUGGCGCUGUGUUAUGGCGUAUACCUCUCUCAUGGAAAGUAAAAGUUGAGUUGUAAGUGCCCUCGGCCUCGGCCUCCAUCGUGUUAUUGCUAUCUAUAGCUCCAUAAAAUAUAAUGAUAUUCUGAUAGACACAACAGCAGCACACGCUGUUGUAAAUCCUGCCCACUUCUUUGCAUUGUCACACAUGCUUCAGUGCUCUGAGAGUGUUUAUAGUGCUGUGAGUUUAACACUUCAUGACUGAGAGCAGAACAGAACACAAUCUUCAUCAUCACACAAGACAAAAGAACAACAAUGAACACAAUCACCUUCUUCAUCUGGACUCUCACUCUCUGCAUUGAGGAGAGCUGGGGACAAGUGACAGUGACUCAGAAUCCAACAAUAAAAUCCAUCAAACAAGGAGAAACUGUUACAAUCAGCUGUAAAACCAGUCAGCCGAUUUCUGGCUGUAAUGACUGUGUGUCUUGGUAUCAGCAGAAACCUGGAGAAGCUCCUAAACUCCUCAUUUAUUGGAUAAGAAGCCUUCAGUCAGGAACUCCAUCUAGAUUCAGUGGCAGUGGAUCUGACUAUGGCAGUGAUUUCACUCUGACCAUCAGUGGAGUCCAGACUGAAGAUACAGGAGAUUAUUACUGUCAGAGUCACCACCGUGGUCCAGUGUUCACACAGUGAUAAAGAGUGGUACAAAAACCUCGGUCAGUCAGACGUCACAGUGAUGCUCUGAUACAGCUGAGAGACACUGCAGCUGCUGAUGGAGGAUCACAAACAACACAAUCACAAUGUUUAGCAAAGUUUCUAAAGACUUUAAAGGCACCAUCAAGACAUUGAGAGCGUCCGCUCAGAUCUGUCAAUCUCUUUCCAGAUGAGACCAUGACUGACACGUUACAUGUGAAAAUAACUUCAGCUUCAGUUACAGAGUGAAGGACAAACUUCACUGCAUUUAGACCCACAAAGAUUAAUCAGGUCUUGAACAUGUCAAGGCGAACAGGGCAUUGGAUCCUCCUACAGCGCUGGUCCUCCAAUUCUGAAGGGGGAAUUAAACACAAAGUAAAACACAAACAAACACACACUUUACACAAUAUUCGUACAUAUAUCUGUAAAAGACUUUAAUCAGCUCAACAUGUGCCUGCAAGAAACAAACAAAAACACAACAACAACCGAACCUGUUCUAUGCAGUCAAUGGGGCGCUGCGUCCGACAGCAGGAGCAACCUGGUUUACAAACUUCAUGAACCACAAGCAAAUUCAAAAUAACUAAAUACAAAAAAAGAACACAAAUUAACAAAUCAAUUAAAUCACAAUACAGUUAGAACAAGCAAAAACAAAUCAAUCCCAAAAGAAUGAAAAAAAAAAAACUCACUGGUGGAUAACUGCCCGUUGUACACCCCCUCAAGACUAGCUGUGAGAUAUGUGAGUGGGCUAAUUCCAAGCCACAUAACGUCACUUCCUGUUUGUUGCUGCCGCGCUGUUUGAGUUAGAGCUCCGUCGAGUUGAUUCCUAAUUGCUUGUUUUUUUUUUCUUAAAAUCGAAUUUAUAACCUACCAUUCUCUCUUUUACGGCGAGGGAACACAUCCCCGACACUAUUUUAUAUAAAAAACACUCGGAUUGCCUUGAUAUCGCUAGUUUUAUCCGACUUCUCGAACAUUCGCUACUAGCUUUAGCCCGUUAGCAAUAGCGGUGUGGUCACACUAGCGUUUGUACUCUUCUCACUCACAAUAUUAUUGUUCAUCUAUACUAAUGGCGGGCGUACCGAAUGUGUCUCUAUCUUUGAGUGCAGGUGAGGACACGUUCGAGCUGCAUGCGGUGCAGUUGGAGCUGGAGGCCGUGGAACGACAGAUUCGGACCCUUCUGGAGAAGCAGGCCGAGCUACGGGAGCGGCGAACAGCGCUGGAAACAUCCCGUGCUGACGCUCACCAAUCCUCGGUAAGUUUGCAGCGCGAUAUUAACAUUCCUGCUUCCUCUACGCCGUGUGCUUCUCUGCACAGGGCCCGAGAACCCAGAGCGCGUUCAUCCCAGCCCUCGUUCACUCCGGCGCCGUCACACCAGGGACCUUGGGUUCUUCAGCAACGGAAGGCGCGAGCCAGGCCUCGGACUAGGACCUCUCCCCCUCCGCCGCCCCCGGUCUUCGAGGUCUCGACGAGGAACCGCUUCUCCCCUCUUCGCGAGGCAGAACGAGACGCCGUGGUCAUCGGAGACUCCAUCGUCCGUCACGUCCACGCUACCACAACCAAAGGUAAGGUGCGCAGUCACUGUUUUCCUGGUGCUCGUGUCCUCGAUGUCUCUGCGCAGGUUCCCGCGAUCCUGAAUGGCGCUGAGAGCAUCGGAGCUGUUGUUCUGCACGUGGGGGUGAACGACACCAGGCUGCGGCAGACGGAGGUGCUGAAGCAGGACUUCAGGAGCCUGAUCGAGAAGGUACGAGCCACAUCGCCCGCGAUGAGGAUCAUCGUGUCCGGACCGCUUCCGACGUACCGACGUGGACAUGAAAGGUUCAGUAGAUUAUUUGCUUUAAAUGAAUGGUUAAUGUCUUGGUGUACUGAACAGAAGCUGCUCUUUAUAAAUAAUUGGAAUCUUUUCUGGGAGCGACCUAGGCUCUUCCCUGCUGAUGGCCUGCACCCCAGCAGAAUCGGAGCUGAUCUUCUGUCGGAGAACAUCUCCAAGACGCUUCGCACCGUAUGACUAAGAGUACAUCAGUUUCAGUUUGGAUCCAGCCUCUUAAGAAGACCUCAGAUGACUAAAACUUUGGAAGAGACGGCGCCAACUCCUGCGAUGACUUCAGAAGAUGCAAUAUGUAAUUCAUUUUUCCAGGAGCUCUUUGCUUCUACCUCCAAUUAAAUUGCUAACAGUGAUUGUAUGUUAAUCGCCUAAAUUAUUACAUUAUUAGCUAACUGCAGUCUCCAAAUUGUAAUGUUGACAUGCAUUCUCUGUAAAGCUGCCUUGAAACGAUAUGUAUUGUGAAAAGCACUAUAC